UGUGUGUGCUGAAACUCUAGGAUCCGCUUGUUUUGCCGUUUAAUUAACUCGACGAGUCCAAUUUUCUCCCAUGAACCAUCUUUCACCUCUGGAAGAGAGAGGUGCAAAGUAGGUCACCAUGAGCGGCCUCGGGGACAGCUCCACGGACCCCGGCAACCCCGACUCGAGGAAGAGGAAGGGCUCGCCGUGCGACACGCUGGCCCAGAGCAAUGAAAAGCGGCGACGGGAACAGGAGAACAAAUAUUUAGAGGAGCUGGCGGAGCUGCUGUCUGCAAACAUCGGGGACAUCGACACCCUGAGUGUCAAACCCGACAAAUGCAAGAUCCUGAAGAAGACGGUUGAUCAGAUCCAGCAGAUGAAGAGGUUGGAACAAGAGAAAGCGGCCGACGACGAGGUGCAGAAGUCGGACAUCUCAUCCAGCAGCCAAGGAGUGAUCGAGAAGGAGUCGCUGGGGCCGCUGCUGCUGGAGGCCCUGGACGGCUUCUUCUUCGUGGUGAACCGCGAGGGCCGCAUCGUCUUCGUCUCCGAGAACGUCACCGGCUACCUGGGCUACAACCAGGAGGAGCUCAUGAACACCAGCGUCUACAGCAUCCUGCACGUGGGCGACCACGCCGAGUUCGUCAAGAACCUGCUGCCCAAGUCCCUCGUGAACGGAGUGCCGUGGCCCCAGGAAGCGACGAGACGCAACAGCCACACGUUCAGCUGCCGGAUGCUGAUCCGGCCGCCGGACGAGGCGGGCGCAGAGAACCAGGAGGCUCGGCAGCGCUACGAGGUCAUGCAGUCUGUAACAUCUAACUCUGCUGUUCCUCCUCGCUUGCUUUUGGCAGAUUUCCAGUCCUGCCUGAUCUGCAUCGCGAGGAGGUUGCCUCGGCCCGCCGCCGUCGCCCCCUCCGAGUCCUUCGUGACCAAGCAGGACACCACAGGUAAAAUCAUCUCCAUCGACACCAGCUCCCUGCGAGCGGCCGGCAGGACGGGCUGGGAAGACCUGGUGCGCAAGUGCAUCUACGCCUUCUUCCAGCCGCAGGGCAGGGAGCCGUCCUACGCCAAGCAGCUCUUCCAAGAAGUGAUGACGCGUGGCACGGCCUUCAGCCCCUCGUACCGCUUCACCCUGAGCGACGGAACGGUCCUCAGCGCCCACACCAAGUGCAAGCUCUGCUACCCGUCCAGCCCGGAGAUGCAGCCCUUCAUCAUGGGCAUCCACGUCAUCGACAGGGAUCACGGCAUGCUGUCCCCGCAGGAGAACAGCAACUCGGGGCUGCCGCUGCCGCGCGUGAGCCCCUCUUUUGCUGCCUCGUGCAAGCUGGGAAUGGCCGAGCUGGAAAUGGGGGUGCCGGAGCACCAGUACGGACAGCCGGGAAUGGGGGAGCAGAUGCCGUGGUCGGAUAACAGCGUGGCCUCCAUGAGCCGCGGCGCCCUGAGCAAGCCCGAGGACCAGUGCAUCACGUCGCAGCUGGACGAGCUGCUGUGCCCGCCGACCACCCCGGAGGGCCGCAACGACGAGAAGGCCCUGCUGGAGCAGCUCGUGUCCUUCCUCAGCGGCAAGGACGAGACGGAGCUGGCCGAGCUCGACCGGGCGCUCGGCAUCGACAAGCUCGUGCAGGGCGGCGGGCUGGAGGCGCUCACCGAGAGGUUCCCGGCGCCGGCGGCGGCGGCCGCGCCGCUGCUGCUGGAGCCCAAGGCCGGCGCGUACCCGCAGCCCUACGCGGCGGGGCAGCAGCAGCUGAUCCACCAGAACCGGCAGGCCAUCCUCAACCAGUUUGCGGCCAACUCGCCGGUGGGCAUCAACAUGCGGGCCGGGAUGCAGCAGCAGAUGACGCCCCAG